CAGGCCGUCGCACGAGCACCACAGACCGCAGCCCUCUCGCCCGCACGGCGCACACGGCACACACACGACACGAUCGCGGGAAGCCCCCGACACCUGGGCAGCCCCUCGGAGCCAUCAUCAUUGCCCCAAUAAUUCACUCCCCGCACCGGACGCCGAUCGCCGCCACCACCACCACCAGUAGAGGGCACGCCGCGCGCCAAUAAUAGGGGCGCGAGCAUGGCGUCCCAGCGCUGAAACACACCGCACGCUGGUUGGUCAGUGGCCACUGGCCGGCCACCGCACGCGCGCACCCACGCUUCCAUCGAGCACGAGCACGCCGAUGUCCAUGCGCGACCGCCGCGCCUCCGCCGUGUCCCCGUCGCUGCGCUUCCUCGGCUUCAUCAAGCAGCCGGAUGACGCCGGCGCUGCCGACCAGGAGCUCGAGCUCGACGAGCGCGACGUAGUCUGGUCGUCGUCCCCCUCCUUCUCCUCGGCCUCCACCGCCUCGUCGCCCUCGCCCACGCCGUCCCCGUCCGGGGGGAGCCACCGCUGGCCCCUCUCCUCCCGCGCCUUCCCGUCCGGCGGCGCCGGCCUGUCGUCGCUCAUCGCCGACGAGGACAGCCGCUCGCCCAGCGCGGCCAUCCCGGCCGCGGCCCGACGGGAGAGGCAGCCGCGCUCGCAGCCGUACCACCAGUCUGCGCCGGUGGCCGUGCCUGCCUGGUCCAAGGCGACGGCGGACAGGCGACGCCGGGAGGCGGAGCAAGAGGCCGCUGACGAGGAGGACGAGGAAGACAACGAACUCAUGGUGCCGCCGCACGAGAUGGCCGCGCGCCGGGCCGCGGCGGCGGCGUCGGUGAUGGAGGGCGCCGGGCGGACGCUGAAGGGGCGCGACCUCCGGCGCAUGCGCAACGCCGUGUGGCGUACCACCGGCUUCCUCGACCUGUGAAAAAGGACGCUCCUUUGGAGGUUUCUCUCGCUGCCCACGUCACUCCAAUUCAUGGUGUAGUAUUUGUUACAGAAAAUGUGGAUCUUCUGUUGCUACGUUUGGGAUUCUAGGCGAAAUAUUUUGAUGUAUGUACUACUAGUAAAUUAACAAGUGGUUAUGUUUUUCUAGAAGAAAAGAUGCUGAUCACGGAGCAAUCAAAUAAGGUCUAAAUGGCUGGAUUGAACUUGCAACUAACCACAAUAGCCACUGGCAUACAAUUGCUUUAUGAUCUGUACAUUUUUUUCUGUAAAAAGAUAUUUCCUUUGUCCCAAAAUGUGAAGGGAGUACUAUCUCUAUUCAUUUUUAUAAGACGUUUUAGACUUUCAGACACUAUUUAAAAUAGUACAAAGCAAAACUGUCUAAAAUGUCUUAUAAAAACAAACGGAGGAAGUACUUACUACCAAGCUUCAUUUAGAAGGGAAGAAAAAGAUUUGCAAAAGGUAAGUAAAAUGUAUUGCAUGGUACAAACACGUAUGAGUGUAAAUGUUGUACUCCCUCUGUUUAUUUUUAUAAGACGUCUAGACAAUUCAGACAGCCCACAGAAUAGUUCUGUGUCAGCUGUUCAAAACGUCUUAUAAAAGUGAACGGAAAGAGUGUCUAUUUUUAUAAUUGGAAAGACCACAACACAUUUUACCAGUCGUACGUGUACACUGUGAUUAGCAGAGUGCUUUUAUCUGAUGUUGCAGUAGUACUCUAUCCAGGGUCUCCGUUACCAGCUGCAGGUGAAGAAUCAUCUUUCUCAUUGGCACACUCUAAUGGAUUUGGUUUACAAUAAUGUUGAUGCUAGUUUUGAUCCUUUUACUGCUAAACCCUGUUUUGGUGCUAUCAUUCGGGACAGCGCUGAUUGCCUUUUUUCUGCUUGGAAUUGACUGGAAGGCUGCUCAGAUGGAACCGAAGUUAAACUGCUAUCUUGUUGCAGAGCAUCUCUGAUGGUUGUGAGAUAACUGUUGCUAAAAUUUGCUAGUUCUUUUUCUUUAUAAAGAUGGCUCUCCCUCCGAUUUCAUUUAGUAGAAACUACAAUGUCUUAAAUCUAGUAGAAUAAAAGAAUAAAAGCAGCAUAUGCUAUAUAUGACCUAGAGCAUCCGAAGAUCCACCUUCAGCGCAUCAUCAAUAAGGCUUGUACUCAUGGAUAUACCCAUACCCUACCCGUUUAUACUCACAUGUGAACCUUACCCGUGAAGUGUGUCGUGAGCUUGUGAACCUAUGUUAAAGUUGUCACCAAUUGUCAAUUUAAAUUAAGAUAAUUGUUAUGUAUU